AUGCUUCAACAACCAGUCGGAUACGUGCAACUUAGGGACAAUGUCCUCGUACCAGAAAUCUCCCCACCUUUGACGGUUUUUAUCCAGCGCUGGCUCCAACUCCUCCUCAGCCAGCGUCGCUGGAGACCCACGAUCAUCAGAUGGAUCCCUCGACGACCAUCGCGCUACUCUGCGCUGUUGCGAACGGUCAGGACGGCUCCGUCGAGCCUCCAGCUUGCUUGUUUCCGUUUUUCCUGCUUUCUUCAUAUCCACAUAUCCCCCUUUCCUUUCUUUCUAUUUCGGUUUCUCUCGCAAAAACUGGGCUUCUGCCGACCAGCUGGGGAAGGGAAUUCAUACUUUCACCGUUUCCACCGCUUUCUAUCCUUUACUCGACAUUUAAUUGAACCGCUGGAUCGAUUCCCCACUCCUCCGCGUACAGCUGUUGAACACCGUCGUCGCAAGAACGGUACUCUCUCUGCCCGUGGCAAGCGCGGCAGCCAAGAAGGCGAAGAUCAUCAGUCUCUAAAUUCAACAAUCGAAGGCUCCGCCAUGCCUGUUUCUCGACGGUGGAAGGGCAAAGCACGGGCGCUGGACACAAGAGAUGAGGGUUCUGGAGGUACAGAGGGAAUCGUUCUGCCGCUCGACCUGGUUGGAAGCGGGGUCUACGAUGUCGCUUACACCCUGCCCAUGAGAUUCGGGGCAAACAACCAGCAAUUCUCGCUGCAGGUGGACACUGGCUCGUCCGAUCUUUGGGUUGCCUCGACAUCAUGUUCUACUUCAAGUUGUGGAUUGACGAAAGGGCGCUUGUACGAUCCAUCUGGCGCUACACCAACUGGUGUGGACUUUACGAUCCCGUAUCUCUCUGGACUCGCUGCUGGACCCGUCGUGUGGGAUAGAGUGUCUGUUGGGGGUUAUACUAUUAAUACUCAGGCACUUUCCGCUGCCAACGACGUCCGGGAUGAACCCCUCGCUCCUAACUUCAGCGGCAUUCUCGGUCUGGCCCUCCCUCUGAACUCCAUAAUAGCAUCGAGCAUCCCUCCAGUGACAAACAACAACCCCGACGGCGCCGCAUGGGCGUCUAACCUCUUCUCCAUCACGCCAACCGACCAAGCUCCUGCUUCUCGUUUCCUCUCCCUUGCCCUAUCCCGCCCAGGUUCAGACCAAGUACCAUCAGUCCUUGGAAUCGGCCGACAUCCUGCUGCUCUCGUACCUGAUCCCAGCAAGGUAGAAUACUCGACUCUUGUCAGCGACCGGCCAGGCAUUCUGUUUUGGAAAGUCAGCGUCAGGGCCAUUACGGUAUAUGUGAACGGUGAAGCCAGGAGCGUCACCAUCGGUCGAUCAGCGACUGGUGCAGUCUUUCCGAGUGCAGUCUUGGAUUCUGGUGUGCCCCUGAUCUUAACAACAUCAACGAUUGCGAACGCAAUUUACGGUGCCAUUGGAGUCAGUCCUGCAAGUGAUGGACAGUACUAUGUUCCAUGUACGACACCCCUCAACAUGACCGUAACGAUCGACAACCGGCCUGAAAUACCUCUACACCCCCUUGACCUCACUGCCGAACCUCCGCAGGGUAACAGGGCCCAAUUCUGCAUAGGCCUCAUCCAGGCAGCAGAUGCCCAACUGACGCGUCCCGAUUCUUCUAUUGGAGACAUGAUUCUGGGCGUGCCCUUCAUGCGCAAUGUUUACACCGUCAUGGCAUACACCGUGCCCAAUGCCGACGGGUCUUUCACACCCAUCGGCUCCAACAGCACGGACGGCGGUCUGGUGCAGAUGAUCCGCCCACGGCUUGGUUUGUUAUCGUUGACGGAGCCUACCCGUGCCUUGAGCGAGUUCAACACCGUCCGCGUGCUCAACCAACCUAUAUCUUCUGGCGUGCCUACCACUUCCACCGGAAGUGGAAACAACACGAAGACGGUCACCGUUGGCGGCAAGCACCUAUCAAUCGGGAUCAUUGUCCUCAUCGGUCUCCUGUCGUUCUUUGCUCUUUGCUGUAUCCUCUUCGCGAUCCGUUGGUUCCUCAUGCGCCGGAAAUUCCGACAGGCCGCUCAGCGGGGCCCGCCAGAGGCUGAUGAGUAUGGAACGAUAGACAGGAAGUCAGCGUACCUCCUAGCACGACGGAGCUCGGGCAUGGGUUCGGGCAGCCCGCUGAGCGGGUUGACAGAGGAUGAGCUGAGGCAGAUCAGGUAUAACAACUACCUGAGGAAGGAGAGGAUUCUGUCGGAUGCGACGAUGAGCAGCGAUAAUACGCGUGUCGGCUACGCGAAUGGCAAGGACGGGUAUGAUCAGGACGGUUAUCUCAAGGAAGACGGUCACUCGGAUGAGGAAUUCGGGUUCCGCAAUUCGAAGCGAAUAUCUGCUCCCAAGGACGGCGAUGAGGAGGUCUGGGACCCGAGGACUGGGUUGGUUUGGGGCGAUGAUUCGCUCGUUGGGACUGGACCGAAAGCCAUUCCCGUCGCUGCAGUGGAUGGAGCUGCGAUACCUCUCGUGACAGAUCAAGACCGACAUUCACCACCCUCAUCUCCAGAAGCCGCCUUCUUCCCUCAUUCCCGCCAAUACAAUGAUGGAGAACGUCCCGGCGGUCCGCACAAGGCAAUGCAGAGCAUAGAUGUCCCUCUCCUAACAGCGCACAAACGCGUCCAGUCUGACGACGAAGAGACAGAACAGGAAAUUAGCCUACCGUCAACACAUGUGUCGCACAGCGCGCGCCACUUCUCCGAGACACCAACGCCCACGCAGCCUGGGUUACCUCCCCACCCAACCUCCCCAUCCGCCAACACCGUUCAAGAGGACGAUGAACUGGGUGAGCUGGGCGUUAUGAACGGCAUCAGUAUGGCGGGUGUCGGUACGGCCUUGCGAACGAGCAAGAUCAUCAGCGCUGCCUUCCGCGAGAGCAAUCGCAUAGACUCCCCAGUAUUCGAUCUUGACCGCGACAGUCUGAUGAGCAUGAGCAGCUCUGGUACGGCAAUAGGUAUUGGUGUCGGCCAGGGUGUCUCGAGUAGGGAUAGGGAAAGCUUCAGUCCUGCUGGUGCGUGGCGUCAACGUGGGAGGACGUCGAGUGGGGGUGGUACGCCGCAGGAUCCGAACCAGAAUGCGCAGCCGCCAUUGCCUUCUAUGACCUCAUGA